CAGACAGGAGGAAGACUUUCGUAUCUGAGCGAAAAUUCAUUUGGUGGAGGUCAGAUUGGUGUUCGUGCAUCAAAUAAUAACAAUAAACAAAUAAAAGCUUGUAAUAAAAGGCGGACUUUGGUGGAAAGGCAAAAAAAAAAAUUAAAAGAAUAUAAUAAGCACCACUUUAGGAGAAAAUGGCUGACGUUGAAUCAAGUGCUGUUGUGCAGCAAUCGUCUUCAGGUGCCAGUAGCAUGAGCCUAAAUUCUAUACCACUAUUAGCGUCCAAUGAGCUGCUCGGCGAAAGCAGCAGCGCUCAAGUAAAUCUCCAGCAACAACAGCAACAAUCACAACCCGUUGCUGGUGCUGUUAGUGGAGGUAAUGGUGGCAGCGCAGGUACAUCCUCGAGUUCAGUCAACAAUGCGGGAUCCAUAACAAUGGAUACUACAACUAGUGAAAAUACAAGUUUAGUUAAUAGUGGAGUGAUUGGAAGUGGUGUUGGGGGUGGUAGUAAUUCGUCUAGUGUUGGUGGGGGUAAAGUGGACAGUGGUGAGCCACCAUCUAAGAAGCAAAUGCUCGAUCAUCCGAGCACAUCCUCGGGCAGUGGUAAUAGUGCAUCGCAACACGAAAAGCUCGAGUAUCGUCUGGGAGGGAUUUUAUGUUGUGCUGUUUGCUUGGAUUUGCCGAAGACAGCUAUGUAUCAGGUGAGUACCUAAUAAUUUUGCACAAAAUUGUGAAAAU